AUGAAGGUGUUGUUGGAGGCGAUUGUGGGAUGUGAAUGCACGGUGAUGUCAUGUCGUGCGAUUGUCGGGUCAGGUGACGAUCACGCAGCUGAUUAUGUACUGGGUACAUGUAUUGCCACUGGAAGCACUGGGAACGAGACCCAUCUACUCUUACCAGGAGUACCGUACAAGAGUGAUGAUGUUGGACUGCAAGAGGUGACAAGCCUAGGAGUAGCCGGGCGCAAGGCAGCUGACACCGCGUUGCUGGGACACGCGCCUGGCCUGGAACGCGGCAUGGAAGGAGCAAAGCUCGGAAGCGGAAGGAAGCCUGGCAAAGCGCGUUCUUGCGCCCCUGGGCACUCGAUACAAACACCCAGGGAAUACCAUGUUGUAGGCAGUGAAUAG